GGCCAAAUGCCGAGAUUCCCUUAGACGUUUAUAUGAAUUGUGUAUAUCUAGUACGAAUGGAAGAACUCUUGAGUCCGCGACGAAGAUUUGUCCCAAUCUCUCAAGUCUCAAAAUAUCAUACGAGAAUUACAACCAACAUUUAG